AUGUCAGCAUCACCACUCGAAAUUCACAUUCAAGGCACCUCACAAGUGCAACUCCCAGCUGAACGUGGCAAUUUAGUCAUUGCCGUAACAUCGGAAGGCACCUCACAAACAUCGGUUUCAGAGGCAGUCACCCAAGCAUCCAAUAAUCUUCAAGCUCUCUUCAAGCAAUUAUCCACAAAACCAUCACAAUCUUCGAAUUCUUCCAACGCUGCAAGUCAAGAGCCUCCAGUAACUAUUUACUCCAUGACUAAUCUUCGCACGCGCUCUUGGCAGCCUCCAGACUAUGAUUCUAACGGCGAACCUUGGGCUCGUGUUCACGAAGCAUCUUCACAUUUCGAAGUCACGUUUCAAGACUUUGAGAAGCUCGCUGAAGUGGCGAGUUCUAUAUUGAUCAUGCCCAACGCAGAGAUUCGCUCGGCUAGUUGGUCUUUGACCGAGGAGACAAAAAAGGCCACUGGGAUAAUGGGGAGGGAACAGGCAAUCAAAGAUGCGAUUAGUAAAGCGGAUGAUUAUGCGAGGGUUCUUGGCAGGAAAAUCGCAGCGACAGAAGUUAGAGAUAAUGGGACCAAUCUUAAGGCAGUGAAAAGAAAGGGAUACGCGGCGAUGAUGCCGAGAAGGGGCGUAGGGGCGGAUCAGAGGACUAUGGUAGAUGGGUUGGCUUUGGAGCCACAGAAUGUGGAGAUUACUGAGAAGGUUCACGUGAGGUUUGUUAGCAUUGAUGGAGUCUAG